AUGUCAAAAAGAGAACGUUCACCCAAUUUCUUCGAAGAGGAUGAUGACGAUUUAGACUAUCUUAUUGAAACAAGCAUUGAAAAUAAUGCAAAUGAUAUUGUUGGAUUAGAUGAGUUUAUGAAGCAAAAGCCUACAUUUACUUCAAAACCGUCAGAAAAUGCUAAUAACAUGCUUAAUGAUUCAUUAAAUUUCAACGAUGAUGUUAUAAUGGAUACAUUCGAUGAUGAUUUCGGAAAUGAUUCGUUAUUUGAUAUAAAUAAUUCAUCUACAUUAACUUAUCCUUCAACACCCCCACCCACUCAUUCUGUUAUAAAUGCUAUGGAUGAUAUGUAUCUUUCCGACGUUGAAUUAACACUCCCCGAGCCAUCACUACUUAUGCAGCAUACCAAUCACUAUCAAACUACUGUUAAAAAAUCUACAGAUUAUACAGUUGUUCCUGAAACAGGGGCAUUUGUUACAGCAACUUGUCCUAGAACAGGUCAAUCACUCUAUUUUAUCAAGAGAACACCUAUGGAAAAUAAACACAAAAUGACAAACUUAUUUAAAGAUAUAAUCGCUAAUACACCAGGACGUAAAAGUUUAUUAGCGAGACCUAUUUGGCAAUUACGAGAGGAUAUUGAAAGAAAAAAUAGAGAAGAAUUGAAAAGGAUUGAAAAAGAAAUUGAAAAUGAAAAAAACUCGAGACAGAAAAAGAAGAAGAAGACAGAGAUUGAUUCAACCAAAUUAUGGGUAGAUAAAUAUCGACCUGAAAACUAUAUGGAUUUGAUGGGCGAUCAACGUUUAAAUCGAGACGUAUUACGAUGGGUCAAACAAUGGGAUUAUUGUGUAUUUAAGAAAAAGCCUCGAGAAGAAUCACAGCGUGACCAACAGAUGAAACAGUAUCGAAAUACGUUUGGAAAGGAGCCUCGUUAUGCUAAAAAGGAAAUUGAAAAGAAUAAUGAUCCAUUACUUCGACCUGAAAAAAAGAUUUUGUUAUUGUCGGGACCACCUGGUUUUGGUAAAACUACUUUAGCACAUAUUGUAGCAAAACAAGCAGGAUACAAUAUUGUGGAGGUAAAUGCUAGCGAUGAUCGUACAGGAGAAGUUGUGAGGUCAAAAAUUAAAUCAGCAUUAGAAAUGCAAGCUAUUAUUAAGAAUGAAACAGCUUCAGGCAAGGUUCAUAUGGUGCAAAAACCGAAUUUACUGAUUAUAGAUGAAAUUGAUGGUGCCAGUAGUGGUGGAGGAGGAGAGAGCUUUAUUAAGCAAUUGGUUCAGUUGGCUACAGUUGAAAUUAGUGAAAAUAGCAAGAAAGGAAAACAAAAAGGACAAAAGCCGUUAAUGAGACCCAUUAUUUGUAUUUGUAAUGAUCUCUAUGCUCCUGUAUUGCGUCCUCUUCGUAUGAUCGCUAAAUUAGUUCAAUUCAAAAAGGUGCCUAUGAUGUCUAUUGCUAAACGAUUACAAGAUAUCUGUGAUUAUGAAGGUUUAGAUAGCGAUUUAAGGACAUUAUGUCUUUUAGCCGAAACAACAGAUGGUGAUGUUCGAAGUUGUCUAAAUACAUUACAGUUUGUUAGAGGGAAGAGUAAAGUGUUCACUAAAGAUAUGAUAGAUGAGGCAAGUGUUGGUAAAAAGGAUAUGUCAAAAUCAUUAUUUUCUAUUUGGGAGGAACUCUUCUGUGCGCCGAAUGCACGUCAUAAAAAUUCUGCGAACAAGAAUGAAUUCGACAACAAUAAAUAUCUUGAUCGUCUAUACAACUCAGUUAUAUCCAACGGUGAAUUUGAACGUCUUUUACAAGGAUGUUUCGAAUCUUAUCCUUUGAUGAAAUUUCACGAUGUUGCACUUCAAAAAUGUCGUUUUAUGGCUGAAUGGCUUCAUUUUUACGACCAAGUCAAUUACAGAACCAAUGAACGACACGAAUAUGAAAUGUAUAAGUAUUUGCCAUAUCCUAUAGUUAAUUUUCAUCGUUUCUUUGCAGGAUCGACAAGUCAAGAACAUCGUGUCGAAUAUCCUAAAAUUGAUUAUGAAGUAUAUUCAACAAGAAAAUCGUUUGAGAAUCUUGUGUCUGUAUUUAUGGCAGGUGUACAUCCACAUAAGCGACGUUAUUUAAAUAAGGAUUUGAUUGUACACGAAUUAGUGCCCUUAUUGAUGCAUGUAAUAUCACCUGAAUUAAGACCUGUAAAUCAGAAAUUAAUUAAGCCAGCAGAAAAGGCUCAGUUAACACGAUUAGUCAAUAUUAUGAUUGAGUUUGGUUUAUCCUUUAUCCAAGAGAAGGGUGAAGAUGGGCAAUUUAUUUUUAAACUUGAACCACCUAUUGAACAACUUUUGUAUUUUGAACUGUCAAAUCCAAAAUCUAUUUUACCUAAACAAUACGCUGUUCGACAAAUGAUUUCUCAUGAAGUUGAAACUGAAAUUCUAAGAAGAAGAGAAGAAGCAAAUAAGGCACGUAAUAAAGGAAAACAGAAACCAAUUGAAAGUGCAACUACAAUGAAAGAAAAGAUAGUUAAGGAAAAGCAGAUUUCUUUAGACUUCUUUGGUCGUGUUAUUAAACCUAAUGUAGAGAAAAUAUCAUCUAGAAAUACUAAUAUGGAAGUGGAUACGCCUGCUGCUCAUGUUAGCUAUCGAUACCAUGAAGGUUUUUCAAAUGCUGUGAGAAAACCAAUGACUGUACAAAUGUUUUUAUCUUAA